AUGUUUGUAGGACUUCUUGGUCUUCUCUGGUGUCUUGUAUGGGCGAGACGAGUCAGCGAUUUUCCGGCUACAGAUCCUCAUAUCACAACAGAAGAGCUUACUCUUCUACAGCGAGACGCAAUCAGUCAUACUCAUUAUAUUGUUCCAUGGGCGGAAAUGUUGAAAAGUUUACCAGUUUGGGCAGUGAUGAUUGCACAUUUCUGUCAAAACUGGGGCUUCUAUACGAUGCUCACACAUCUGCCAAGAGUGCUCAAAGAGCUGGCUAAUUAUGAAUUGGAAAAGGCUGGUUUUGUGGCCGGUUUACCGUAUUUGAUGAUGGGAUGUACACUGGUUUGGGGAGGACAGCUGGCUGAUUAUCUUCGAAAGGAACGCAACAUUGACACAUUGACUGUUCGACGGCGUUUCUGUGUUGCAGGUUUUGCUGGUCAAGGACUCUUUCUCGCCUUGGCGUCUGUGACGUCGUCACCGCCAUUUCUCGUCGCAUACCUCUCAAUAUCCAUUGGACUGGGAGGUAUUUGUUGGGCAGGAUUUUCUGUUAAUCAUUUGGAUCUUGCACCACAGUUUGCCGGUCAUUUGAUGGGAAUUUCAAACACUUUGGCUACUUUACCUGGAAUGAUCUGUCCGUUGAUCGUCGGAUAUGUCGUCACAACUGGAAGUGCCCUCGAAUGGAACAUCAUCUUCUACUCGACCGUGGCCGUUUAUGCUUUUGGAGCAGCGUUUUUCUGGAAGUUUGCUUCUGGUGAUCUACAGCCAUGGGCCGGCGAACAAGUACCAUUUAUCGGCGAACUACACUGA